AUGUUUUCCACAAAUCACAAAACCAUAUUUGUGCUUGAUCAUACGCCUUACUUUGGAAUUUCGUCAGAUUAUCCUAUAGAUUUUGAUACUUCUAAAAGUAGGGGGCCUGGAUAUGUUCCUCUACCACCGGUAUUUAAAUCGCUAUGGACUUGUAGUGUGGAAGCAGCGGUGGAAUACUGUAGGAUUGUAUGGGAUUUAUUCCCUGAAGGGAAAUUAGUUCGAUUUGUUGUAAGCGAUUCAGCUGCACAUAUAUUAAACACUUGGGCAACAACUCAACAAAACUUGACGCAUAUAUUAAAUGGUCUCUGCCUGGUUGGCCCAGUUAGACGUGGGGCUGGUGGAGAUGUUGUGGGAUUAGUAGCAGCCAUCGAGGCUCUAGCAGAACCUUCGACAUCACAAUCAGCAAGACCUGCUGGUGACAGACUUUUACAAAACCGAGGUCGUAUCAUAUGUAUAACCAGUGCGAGAGAUGAUGAUUCAAUAAGAAGUCUAGCAGGGAUUGCUCUCAACACGAUUAUACAACAGAAUAAAAAGGCUUCACAGGCUCAACCGCCUGCUAGCCCUGAAUCUUCUACAACCACUCAAUCGCUUGUCAUUCACUAUUGCCAUCUAGUAAUUAUAAAUGUCGCCCCUGAGAAAGCUGAUACAAGAGUAACAAAUCAACCAAUGACUGAGAUGGGCGGUGGAAUUAUGGGAGUAGAAGUAAUUGUUUCUAGAGCUAGUGCAUUAGCAAAUCUACUAGGGCGACUGGUGUUGCCACACUACAGGCUUGCUACUACUACUGUAACUGGUAUUCCUAUGAAGGAAGAACAAAACGCAAGCUCUAGUGCCAAUUAUGAUGUUGAAAUAAUUCAUUCGUUGGAUGCUCACGCGGGGUUGAGAGCGUCUCAAACAGCGGCUGAAGCUGCAGAAUCUGUGGUACUCCGUUGGUGGACGCCUCGGGGCGCGGAGGGGGGCGCGGGUGGGUGUACUGGACCUCUGUGGAGGGUGACGCCUGCUGACGUCGCCUCCAGACCCUCCGCUUGUCUCGUCAACUUUCUACUCAACGGAAGAUCUGUCACCUUAGAGGUGCCCAGAAAGGGUGGAGGUCGUUCAGCAUCUCAUGUACUAGCGGCGCAGGGCGGGGAAUUGUGGAUCGGUGCGUUGGGGGGUAGAACUACAUAUGACGAUCCCCCAGCAUUAUCAGAAGGUGCUGGUGGACGAGUAACGGACUAUAGGAUAAAAGAGUUCGGUGCACUGAUGCAACAGAAUCGUUUAGGUCCACUCCGUGGUACGGGGGCAAACGCUCGAGCGAGGGCUCGCUUACAACGGCACACUACUUAUUGGCCCCUCACCAUAUCAUCAACGCUCAUAUUUAACUUGGGAUCCGUAAUGGAGCCAUUGACUAGGUUAGUAGUGCAAGAGUCCCUUACUGAUGAAGAAGUAGACACGUGCAGAGGUGUGCUUCUCUCGUUGCUGGGCAUGGAAUCGCGACACGAGUUUCCUACGGCACAGCUACCAUCUAAUAUGAGGGGAAAAUCGAGUGGUCGCCGCGAAGAACUCUGGCGGCAAGUGUGGGGGGAACUAGAAGCCUUGAUACGUGCACAUUCCGCUUCGCCUGCGCAUCGAGCGUUACUGCGUGUGUUAUUAGAAUGUCGCGCCCACAACAACCAUACAUCUGACAGUGAAUCUCGAGCGAGUGUGAUUCGUGCGACAACAGAUUCUCCCCUAUCGCCAGUGGGUGCUGGCAACGGGCAAUCUGGUGAUGUGUGGACCCCCAGGAAUGUUCUAGACGCCCUCCUAGCGGGACCUAGACCUUCCAGAAGGCCGGACUUCGCGGGGAGAAUGGCGGCCGGAAAUAGACCGGCGGUAUUGUAUCAGCAUUUGCAGCAAGAUGUCGAAGCUCAGCAUUAA